AUGAGGGGCUACCAGCUGCAGAUUGAAGGUUCCUGCGGCUGGUGUGAUGACACAGCGCUCAACGGCCUGAGGUUGCGCUGUGAGGAGGGCAACAUGCUUUCUAUCCAGGACGGGAACUGGGGCGGCUGGAGCGGGGUUAGCGAGUGCGCGUCGGGGUACUUGACGGCCGCGCGUUUGAAGCUUGAGGGGCAGCAAGGCGGAGGCGACGAUACUGCCGCUAAUUCAAUCCAGUUUAGGUGCUCCAACGGACAGGAUCUUUGGGCCGGUGAAGCACCGUGGGGCGGGUAA